AUGGGAAGUCAGAUUCUGUUUUUAGCUCAGUUCCACAACCUUGAAGAUGAUAAUCCAGUUGUCAACGCUCUCUGGCAAGUUGUAAAAGACUUGCACCUGAUGGGUAAGAAUCAAUACCCCAUCAAGCCUGCCACAAUGCUCAGUGGGACUAUGAAAGGCAUUGGAUUCCGACCAGGUAUGGAGCAUGAUAAAACUGCUGCCUUCGAGAACAAUGCAGCACUCAUGAAAACGUUUGGACUUCCCAGCUGGUCGGACAGUGAAUGGACAGACUUUUUGAAUGACAGCACCCAAGCAUUUACAAGUGCAAUUGUAACCAACAAUGACUUCACCAAUGAACCUCAUCCAGAUGACGAUGUCAAUGGCUUUACUUAUGGCAUCUUCACUUACAUCAAUCCCAAAACUGGCGAUCCAAUAACUCCGAACAUCUCUGAAUCCUCCAGUGGCCAUGCACUAAGAUUUCCUGAAUUCAACUGCAAAAUUGACUUUGGAAUGUCACCUGGGAUCAUCGAAAUUGCCUGGGCUAGUAAUCGAGUAAUUCAUCAUACAACCAAGCCUCCUAAAUCACUUCAGACCACAAAAUUUCUUACCCACUUCGGAUCUUCUCUUCAAACUGCGAAGGCACUAAUUUAUUGGGCUCAAAUGCUAGCAGAGCUCCCUCUUGAAAGAAAGCUCAAGCAACAGUUGGACGCUGUGAAAGAAACAGAAUUGAAGAUAGUAGGCUGUUAG